AGAAGACUCCCAAAGGCGAAAACUCCUAAAUUUCAUCAAUCAACGAAACACAGUGUGCGUGUUGUGGUGUAUGAAGUGAAAAAUCGCCAUGGAUAAAGGUAAAGCAGUGAUGGGUAUGGGGCGUAGAUGGGCAGUGGACUUCACAGAUAAUUCUACUUCUCCUCCCUCCCGUGACAUCCCUGAUCCACUUGGAUUCACUCGCGCUUCUCAAGAUCAGGAUGAUUCAACUCUGAGUCGUGAAAAGAAGAAUGCUGAAGCCAAUUGGAAGUCCCAGAAAGCAUGGGAAGUGGCACAAGCACCUUUCAAGAAUUUGAUGAUGAUGGGUUUCAUGAUGUGGAUGGCCGGAAGCACAGUUCAUUUGUUUAGCAUUGGUAUCACAGUUUCAGCUCUGUGGCAGCCUGUCAGUGCUCUUCAAGGAGUUGGGAAAGUUUUUGAGCCUUACAAGGACAGCAAAGUGGAUCUUCUUGGGCCAAAAUUAGUAUUUAUUGCGCUCAAUCUAGUGGGUUUAGGACUGGGCGUCUGGAAGCUUAACACUUUGGGUCUUCUUCCAACUCAUGCGUCAGAUUGGGUUUCAUCCUUGCCACCUGCCCAGGAGGUUGAGUAUUCUGGUGGAGGUUUCCUUUGAAUUAAACAAGACAGAAGAUCUUGAAUUUGGCCAAGAUAGAAAUUACACUUCUUGAAGCAGUAGUUUGACAAUAUUUUCUUGAUGCAAUUGAGGAUAAAACACGAGAUACUUAUCGUUCAUUUCUCUCACGAUAUCUAUCAUUAUCGUCUCACAAACUGCAUGAUCAGAUUCCUAUCUUGCUUAUCCUCUCAAGAACCUAUGUUUCUUGCAGCCAUGUUUUUCUUUUGGAGUAAUGUUUUCUAAGGGACCACUUUUAUGUCAUAUAGCUAUGAAUACUUAUCUAUGAUAGUUGAAAUUCCAAGCAUUCCCACAUCAAUUUCAAAUUCUGUGUAUUUAU